AUGUUCAAGGCGCUGUUUCCCCCGGCGAAGACGUCCUCGUUCGCGCCGGGGAAGUUCGACGUCGGCCGCGUCCUCGGCACCGGAUCGUUCGGGCGCGUGUCGUUCGCGAAGCACAAGCCCACGGGCGCGCUCGUCGCGAUCAAGGUGUUGUCCAAGUCCGAGGUGAUACGCACGCGACAGGUGGAGCACGUGCGCGCGGAGGCGAAGAUCCUUCGCGACGCGUCGCAUCCGUUCAUCGUGAACUUUUUGGGGUCGUCGCAGGACGAAGCGUCGUUGCAUUUCGUGCUCGAGUACGUCGUCGGCGGGGAGUUUUUCACGCAUCUGCGGUGCGCGGGGAGGUUCUCCGACGACGCGAGUCGGUUUUACGCGAGCGAGAUCGUAUUGGCGUUGGAAUACCUACACGGCCGCGGCGUCGCGUACAGAGACUUGAAGCCCGAAAAUCUCCUCGUCGACGCGCACGGGCACCUCAAGAUCACCGACUUCGGCUUCGCGAAAGAGAUCGGCGACGACGGGCGGACGUACACGCUGUGCGGUACCCCGGACUACCUCGCCCCGGAGAUCAUAAAGAACAAAGGGCACGGGUUCGCGGUCGACUGGUGGGCGUUGGGCGUCAUCGUGUUCGAGAUGCUGGCCGGGUAUCCGCCGUUUUACGGCGAAGACCCGAUGGAGACGUAUCGUAAAAUUUUGGAACAGCCCGCGGAGUUCCCCGCGCACUUCACGAAACACGCGCGGGAUAUCAUACGAAAGAUGCUCCAGAAGGACGUCAGCAAGCGCAUCGGUAACUUAAAGAACGGCGUGCGGGAUAUCACGUCGCACGCGUGGUUCGCGAGCGUGGACUGGCGCGCGACGUUGAAGAAGAAGACGACGCCGCCGAUGCGGCCGAGGGUUCGGAGCGCGGACGACACGUCAAACUUUGACGAUUACGGCGACGCGCCGAUCACGACGAGGGACGCGUUCGAGCUCACGCCGGAGGAGCAAGAGCUGUUCGUGGAUAUUUAA